AAAACCGCGUUUGGCUUUUGCUUUUCUUUUUCCCUUAUUUCCUCUUUGCCUUUCCUUUUCCUCUUUACAAAAACCAUAUAAAUAGCCAAACAUCCACUCCACUCAAACUCCAAAUACCAACCACCCCCUUCUUCACCCCCUACCCAAAUUCUUGAAUUUUCUCCAUGGAAAUAUACAAAGCUUUCUUGCUUCUAUUUCUUAGUUUUCUUCAUAUAACAAUAGCUAAAAAAUCCCAUGAAAAUAAACCAUUUUCACUUUCUUUUCCUCUUACUACAACCCCUUUAUCAUCUCAAAAAUCUUCAACAAAUUCCAUUUUUCAAUCUUCUAAAGCCAUGACUAGAAUUCCAUCUUUAAGUUAUAAAUCAAAUUUCAAAUAUUCAAUGGCUUUAAUUGUUACACUUCCUAUAGGAACACCUCCACAAAAUCAAGAAAUGGUUUUAGAUACUGGAAGUCAACUUUCUUGGAUUCAAUGUAAUAAAAAAAUUCCAAAAAAACCACCUCCUACUACUUCAUUUGAUCCUUCUUUAUCCUCUUCUUUUUCUGCUCUUCCUUGUAAUCAUCCACUUUGUAAGCCACGAAUUCCCGAUUUUACCCUCCCAACAUCGUGUGACCAAAAACGUUUGUGCCACUAUUCUUACUUCUAUGCUGAUGGUACUUUAGCUGAGGGUAAUUUGGUACGAGAAAAAUUUACCUUCUCAAGUUCCCAAAUUACCCCUCCUUUAAUUCUUGGUUGUGCUACGGAGUCUAGUGAUGACAAGGGUAUUUUGGGAAUGAAUCUUGGACGGUUUUCUUUUGCUUCCCAAGCUAAGGUACAAAAAUUCUCUUAUUGUGUGCCCAGUAGACAAGGAAAAAUAUUACCUAGUGGAACAUUUUACCUAGGUCAAAACCCUAAUUCAUAUAUGUUUCAAUAUAUAAAUCUUUUGACUUUUCCUCAAAGUCAACGCAUGCCAAAUUUGGAUCCCCUAGCUUAUACUAUUGGUAUGGUGGGGAUAAAAAUUGGCGGGAAAAGAUUGAAUAUCUCUGAGAGGGUUUUUCGGCCGAACGCUGGUGGUUCUGGUCAGACGAUGAUUGAUUCCGGCACCCAGUACACUUUCCUAGUGGAAGAAGCUUAUAAUAAAGUCCAAGAAGAAAUUGUUAAGUUAGUAGGUUCGAAAUUGAAGAAGGGGUACGUUUAUGGUGGUUCACUCGAUAUGUGCUUUGAUACUAUAAAUUCCAUACAAGUCGAACAAUUAAUAGGCGAUAUGACGUUAGAAUUUGAAAAUCGAGUUGAGAUUAUGAUUAAUAAAGAGAAAAUGUUGGAUGAUGUAGGUGGAGGAGUUCAUUGUAUAGGGAUUGGACGAUCGGAUUCACUUGGAAUAGCAAGUAAUAUUAUUGGAAAUUUUCAUCAACAAAAUUUAUGGGUAGAAUUUGAUUUGAGUAAUAGAAGAGUUGGUUUUGGGAAAGCAGAGUGUAAGUAGGGUAUUAGAAUUGUGUAGUGGGUGUUUCGAGUACAUAUUUCUAUGAAACUUUUUAAAAUGGUGUACUCCGUCCGUUCUAAUUUAUGUGAAUUUGUUUGACUGGACACAGAAUUUAAGAAAAAUAAAGACUUUUGGAAUGAAGACAAAAAAGGAAAUAGGUUCACAUAAAUUGAAACGGAGAGAGUAUAUGUUUGUCCGGAGGAGUUGUUGCGGGCUUGUGUUUUGUACAUAUAAAAUAUUUUCUUGGUCAAAGAGAUAUAAUGUUAUAAAAUAUGGAUGUACAACUAUGUAUAAAGUAUUUUCUAUUUUAAUCUU